AUGAAGUUAAUGUUUUAUUCUCAUUUCUAUUUUCUCUCUUCCUCUCUCCCCAAACAGCGUACAGCAUUUCUGCUGGCGGCACUACUACUGGUAGUCGUCCAUGCCGAAGAAGAAAAGCAACCAGCCGGAGCUGAGGAUAAAAAAAUCGAAACCAAAGCUGAGGAUGAGAAAAAAUCAUCCGAUGGUACCGAUGAGACAACAAAAACAAAACGUGGUCUCCAUCAUUUCGAAGAUUAUCACCAUCAUUCGUAUCCGAUACAUGAGCAGAAAACUUUAACUAUUGUCAAGAAGGUACCCUACCCAGUACCUGUGGAAAAACAUGUCCAUGUUCCCGUCGAGAAACAUGUACCCUUCCCCGUUGAGGUGAAAGUGCCCAAACCAUAUCCUGUGGUUAAGCAUGUACCCUAUGAGGUUAAGGAAAUAGUUAAGGUGCCACAUGAAAUUCCAGCUCCAUAUCCUGUCGAGAAGAAAGUUCCCGUACCAGUACAUGUACCCUAUGAUCGUCCAGUCCCCGUAAAGGUAUACGUGCCAGCACCAUAUCCAGUAGAGAAGAAAGUGCAUGUGCCUGUUAAGGUUCAUGUUCCAGCACCAUAUCCAGUGGAGAAGAAGGUCCCAUAUCCAGUGAAGGUCCAUGUGCCCGUCGAGAAACCAUAUCCAGUUGAGAAGGUUGUCCACUAUCCCGUUAAGGUGCCUGUUGAGAAGCCAGUACCUUAUCCAGUUGAAAAGCCCGUGCCUUAUCAUGUUGAAAAGCCUGUACCAGUGCCUGUGAUUAAGAAGGUCCCUGUUCCUGUGCAUGUUCCCUAUGACAGACCUGUGCCAGUGCAUGUCGAGAAACCAGUACCCUAUGAAGUUAAGGUUCCCGUCCCCGCUCCCUAUCCCGUUGUCAAGGAAAUCCCAGUUAAGGUUGAAAAACAUGUACCCUAUCCCGUCCAUGUACCCUAUGAAAAGCCUGUCCCCGUCCACUUAGAGAAACAUGUACCCGAAUACCAUGAGAAGCAUAUCUCCUACAAGGAACCCGAAUUUAUUCACAAGAAAAUCGAGGAACAUCACCAUGAACCCCUGCAACACUACGGAGGCCAUCACGAAGUGGCCAUCCAUGAGGAUCAUGAGGUGGAUCACGGUCACAGCUAUGGUUAUCAUGGCUAUGGCCAUCAUCAUCAGUAUUACUAA